GUAUAACAAUCAAAAACAUAUUCAUUUUGUCAAUAUAUUUGAUCGAAAACUUGACGCCUUUUGUCGGCACAGCCUAUUUCGGAAUGGCGUUGAAUUGCGACAGGAAGUUCUUUUGUUCUCACUGCUCUUUAUUCAAAGUUUACUUGGUAUCCCCGUAUGAAAAAGGUUCCGUUACUGGUUUGUUAUCAAAUAGAAGAUAGUUUACACGCAGUGACAGUGCGAGUCAAGUUUCAAUAGAAUCUCAGAGAUUUAUCCAAUCAUUAAUUUCACAAAGCUUACUAAAAUACUAUGGUUUACUUUUUUGUAAUGAAAAAUAAUAUGUGAUAAAACGAGAGGAAACAAGGACAAAAUAACGAAACGAGUAAAAUAAAAAACAAGAAAGGAAAGAUUUAGGAAUUAUUGAAGGAUUUACUCAUUAAAUAACAAUGAUUCCACAUCUCCAGGUGUUUCUAAUCGUUGUCUUAUUUACAGGGGAUGUUGCAUCCGUGUGCUCUCUGCCACCAACCUACUUAUGGUCUCUUGGUGUUGGCGAUGGUUGCCAGGAAUUAAUUUCAAACACGACUUCCGGUGCGGCUGGGAACGUUUCUUAUGGCGCAGGUUAUGUUGCGUUGGAAAUGUACUCCGCAAUGGCUUUCCAUGGUUCGAGUGAUUCUUACGCAGACUUGAUUUUACAGAGCAAUCAGUAUCCCGCAAACGUUAAUGAGGACUACUCGAUUAAAUUCUAUGUGUAUUUCGAACAAAUUCUAGAUGGAACAAUUCUGCACUACAGAAGUGAUUCUUAUAAUGGAACAGCAACGACGGACGAAAUACGAGAAUUCAAAAUGAUUAUUUCAAAUGGAACAAUUGAGAUGAUAUACCCGGAUAUUGGUGCAGUCAACUUCUCUGAAAUUGCUAUUAACCCUGGACAAUGGUAUUCUUUCAUCCAAGAAAGAGAUUUAAACAAAAAUGGACCCAAGUUUUUCGUAGACAAUGUCAAAUACGAUAAAAUACUAAACGAGAUAUUAUUUCCCGGUAAGAUAACUAGUUUUCCUGGCAUAAUACGUAUAGGGUCAGAUUUCGAGGGAAGCAAUCCGAUGUCUGGGAAACUAGGUUGCUUUCAACUGUAUUCGUGUAGAACUGCUACCGGACUUAUGCCUGAACAGUGCAAAACACAGGCAACUACAACAACAACAGCAUCUACUACAACGACCACAGAAGCUCCUUCCACUACAACAACUACAAAAGCCCCAACUACCACAACCACAACAGAUGCACCUACCACAACAACCACAAAAGCCCCAACUACCACAACCACCACAGAUGCACCUACCACAACAACCACAAAAGCCCCAACUACCACAACCACCACAGAAGCACCUACCACCACAACGACCACAAAAGCCCCAACUACCACAACCACCACAGUAGCACCUACCACCACAACAACCACAAAAGCCCCAACUACCACAACCACCACAGUAGCACCUACCACCACAACGUCAGAGGCUUUGACUACAACAAUGCAAGCUCCUUUUGUACCAACAGGAUCAGGUAACAUUGGGAUAGAGGUGGUCGAUCUUUGUUUUCACUACACAAAAUUAGAAGAAAACGCUACAUUCGGAAAUAUCCUGGACAUUAUCGAUAUAACCGUGGUAUCAACUGUAGAUGCGUGCGCAAAGUUCUGUGAUAAAGUUACCACAUGCUUUUCUUUCGCUACAGUACAGAAUGGGGCUUCUCUGGAAUGCAGAAUUGGAAGCAAAUCACCGUUGACUGCAAGUUUAACAGGGUCCAUGGUUUUUGAAAUGUAAAACAACACAGUUUGUCGCACUUUGUCUGCAUCCUUUCAUUGUGGUUAACAUGUUUGAUUACGGUAAUACUGGAUCACGACAUGUCUUGAAGUUAAUUGCUUUUUUACGUUACAGUAUACCUUUUGAUAAUUGAGUAGUAAAAAUAGUUUAUGUUACUGGAAAAUAUCUGUCAGAACUUUUAAAAUUUAAAAUUUUAAGCAAUGUCGUUCCAGUCGUUCAGUUAACAUAUUAUUAUGCCAACUUAUGACUCUUUUUUAUCUCAUACCAUACAAACUGAUAUGUAAGUUACCUUUUAUCCUUACUAUCAUGCAAAUUACAUUAUAUGUUAAAAUGGUCUGCCAUUGAUCCUUACCUAAGUAGGUUUACAGUCGUUAAGGCAACGGUUGUCUUUUACUAGAAAUAAGUUACUAUCUCAGAAUAUAUUGCUCAACGCAAAUACCCAUUACAUUUGAGGAAAUUUCUCAUCGUCAGAACUCUGUGGUGGUUAUGAGAACGCCCUUCACUUAAUUUCAGAUGUAUUAUACUAUAUUUUUGUCCUAAAGGUUCAUGACUUUUUCUUUAAAAUCAAUUCAAUGACAUAAAUAGCAAUGACUGUGGGCGUAAAGUUAAGUGCAUUUCGAUCAAGCAAAACAUUUUUACUUGUGAAACGUAUUGUAUUGUUCUUAUAGUAGCUUAGCUUUAUUUUGUUUUAUUCAUGAUGAUAUACCAGAAAUGGACAAAUGAUUGUUCCUGUCUCUGUUGUAUUAUAUGUUUAUUUUGGGUAGCAUUGUACACAGUUGUAUCCUGUUGUGAGCGUAAAUCGUUAUCAUCCAAUGAAAAUCGGCUUUUCAAAGUUUAUACAUGUUAUACAACUUUACGUUUGUUACGCCGAUUUCUAUUGGAAAAUCUUGAAUAGUCGUGACAUUUAUACGAAUAUUCACAAUAUUCACGGUCAUAUUUACAAUACUGUAAAUGUACACAUACAAUACAAAACAGUUUUACAACAUGCAUUUGACGAUUUGCAAGAGACUAUAGUUCUUUAUACGACUGUACAGUUGAUAUUUAAAGGCACAAUAUGCUUAAGGAGCUAUUAUAUUUUACUGGGUGCAAAAAUGCAAACGUUUUUAAUAAUGGUUUUGGAACAUGAUAGAAACAUAUGAGCCGCGUCACGACAAAACCAACAUAAUUGGUUUGCGACUAGCAUGGAUCAAGACCAGCCUGCGCAUCAGCGCAGUCUGAUU